AUGGGAGACCAAAAGCACGCGGCGUCGCAUCAGGUAAAGCCUCGACACCACCACAAGAAUCAUAAUCAUAAUCAUCACCCCAAAAAGAACAAUCACAAAAAGACCCCCAGUCGCCACAACAGCAAAAACAGCCACAACAGUGGCCCCACCAAGGAAGAUCUAUGGAAAGGUGCCGAGGUCAAGACACUCAAUGAGGGUUGGAUUGUCGAAAUGACCGGACUGGAUUCCAAAAUGCAUACGGUCUAUGCAAGGGCUGUGCAAACGGCCGAUUGCAAGCAUCCAUCCCCGUGUGUCCAACAAGUCGUCGAUGCCGUCGUCGAUGUGGCAUGGAAACACAUUGCCAAGCAUAUUUUGGAACAACACGAUCCAGACGAAAUGAAACGCGUUGAUCUAGAUCAUCGCGAUCAAGGAGCUUUUCCACCGGCUUCACAACUCUUGAAACUGGGAGCGGUGUGGCUCGUCAAUGAAACGUCCUUUUUGCAACACACGGACAGCAAAAAGCAUCAUCAUACCAAGAAAAAGCGAUUGACCCACGAAAGUGAUGGAGAACGAACCCCCGAUUGGAAAGAUUAUGUCCUGCGGGUGCAUUAUGCCCCGUCGAGGUACCACGCCAUGGAGGAAGUGGACUGGUCCAAGUACUGCCGAGGAUUGCUCAUGGGAGACCAGUCGGUUCAGGUCUUUCUGGGAGACAGGCUCUUGCCGGCUUACGAACAUGUUCCUACCGCCGGAUAUCCAGAUCAAAAGGAUGGAGUCAUUGUCUACGAGGACGCCGAACACGGAUUUGCCGUCAUCAACAAGCCGGGAACGGUUCCCGACCAUGCCACGGUCAACAACCAUGCCGAAGAUGUACUCACCGUCUUUGCACAAGUACUCCACGACAGAGAAAAGGAAACCCGAAGUGAACCCAAGGGAACGGAUCACAGUCAUGAUCCGCUCUACAAACACCUUCACCAUCGAUCGGCACAUCUCAACUUGCCUCUGCCCUUGGAUACCGAAACGCAAGGCCUCGUCAUUAUCUCCACCAAGAGACCCUUCAAUUCCUACAUGACCAACUUGGUCGAGCAUCCACCCUUGUCAGCAAAGGGCGUCAUCAAAAAGUACAAGUGCCUCAUUUGUGUCAAAACGCCAGAAGACAUGGCCACUCUCAAUAACCUACAAGAGUCCCGGGCCAUUGUCAAGCACUUUUACCAUCACAAUCCCAACCACAAGCACCAUGCCAACUUUGUCUCGGAGAUUCCCAGUCAUCAGCACCGCCACGAGUAUGGAGCGUGUCAUUUCCGUCUCUUGAAGAUUGGAACCAACCAUGGACUCUACGCCGCCAAUGUGUCCCCCGACGCAACCGUGGGGGACACUCGGUUGGCCCAACGACUGUGGGGCCUCGGUGGUGUGCAGAACCAAUCCAAGACGUUGAACUUGGGGGUCACCUACGUGGCACAGUUGGAAGUGGAACAGGUCGUGGAUCCCGAGCAGCUUCAUACCCAUCUCAACAAGGCCAGUCGGCUCACACCCCAACAGUUGAUUUGUGGACAGCUUUCCGCAUUGGGAUUCCCGUUGGUUGGCGAUGGCGUCCACGGAGGAGGUACUUGUGAAGUCUGGGGACAUCGUCAUGGUUGGAACCGAUUGGCAUUGCAGUGCUGUGAAUGGUCCUUUCCACAACCGCAGUGGCCUCACAAGGAGGAGGAGGAAACUCCAGCAGCAAACAACGCUGAAGAAGCAAAGGAGGCCCCAGCCACCGAAGCAAAGGAGACCGAGGAGAAGGAAGCAACGACUACCACAGCGGAAGAAAAGAAAGAGGAAGCAAAGGAAGACGACGGCUGGAAAACGGUAGAGAAGAAACCCCACGGCCACCACGUGGGACGGUCACGGACACCGUCGCCGUCCCAGGAUUCACAAAGCAGCAGGGACAAGAAAAGAAACCACGGCCAUCACCACGAACGGACACCGUCACCGUCACAGGAUUCACAAAGCAGCAAGGACAAGCCAGGUACCGCCGCGAAAAAGCCGCAGCUUGAGGCAUCUCCUACAGAACGUUGCGUCUUCCGCUUGAACGAGGCCUGGUGGAAUCCUUUGCUCGACCAGUACCACGUGGAUGGAUUCUAA